CCGAUGAUCAACAAAACAAUAAAACCCAGAACCUGAUUGAAGCAAUCAACCAACCAAGGGAAGCCAAUAGCAAUGGAAGACGACGAAGAAACAGAGAUCAUUCUCAGACUGAGCAAAACAGCAUUAAUCUCGUCAUCAUAUCAUGAAAUAUCCAACGCACGUGAAGUGAAGAGGUUAAUGUCGGCGCUGGCAUGGCUGUUUCUUGAUCAAUCGAAUCUAUGGCGGGCCGGUCUCUCUUGGUCACUCUUCUUCAUCCUCACAAUCGGGGUUCCCCUCGUUUCUUACUUAGUUUUCUCUUGCGACGCCUGUGAUUCCAAACACCAGAGGCCAUUUAAUGCUAUUGUGCAGCUUUCCCUUUCUGUCUUCGCAACCAUCUCCUUCAUCAGCCUCUCUUGCUUUGCAAGGAGAUAUGGUGUCAGGAAAUUCCUGUUUCUUGAUAGAUUAUGUGAAGAAAACGACAAGGUUCAACAAGGUUAUACCCUCCAGAUUCAUAGUUCGUUAAAGAUCCUGGCAUCUUUUGUUCUGCCAACGUUCUUAGCAGAUUGUGCGUACAAGAUUUGGUGGUUUGUCACGGGAGGAGGGCAGAUUCCUUACUUCUAUAACAUGAUCUUGAGCAACGUUGUCAUCUGUAUAUUACUGUUGUCUUCAUGGCUGUAUCGAAUUGCAAUAUCGUUUCUGGUGUGUGUUCUUUUCAGGCUAAUAUGCCAUCUCCAGAUACUGAGGCUGGAUGGGUUUGCCCAGGUUUUCGAGAAAGAGUCCGAGGUUUCUGCGAUCUUGAUAGAACAUCUUCGGAUCAGAAGAAACCUCCGUGUCAUUAGCCAUCGCUUCAGGCUGUUCAUUUUAUCCACUUUGAUCGUGGUUACGGCUAGCCAGUUCGUCUCCCUCCUCGUCACAACCGAGUCCAAAUCCCACGCCCACAUCUUCGCAGCUGCAGAGCUCGGGUUGUGCUCCAUGAUUAUGGUCACGGGGCUCUUCAUAUGCCUAAGAAGUGCAGCGAAAAUCACACACAAAGCGCAAUCGGUUGCCUCCCUUGCUGCAAAGUGGCACGCCUGCGCAACGUUGAGCUCCUUUGAUGAGUUCGGCGAUGAGACUCCGGUGGACCGAACCGGGACCGGGACGCCGCAGGCGAUACAUCCUGUGGACGCCGAUUGGGAAAAUGACGAUGAAGAAGGAGACGGAGACGACGAACUGGACAACACAAAUAUGGUGCCUGUUCACGCACACACUAUAUCCUACCACAAAAGACAAGCUCUCGUCACAUAUUUUGAACACAACAAAGCAGGAAUCACUGUUUAUGGGUUCAUGUUAGACAGGACAUGGCUUCACACCAUUUUUGUGAUUCAGUUGUCCCUUACUCUCUGGAUAUUGAACAAGACUAUUGGCAUUUCCUGAUU